AUUCCCUUUUUCUCUUUGAUCUAACCAUGUAUAUAAGAACCCUAACCAUAUCAAACACAUUCACUCAUCACCAUUUCCUUGUUAUUCUUCUUCUUCUUCUAGGCUUCAUCACCUUCAAACCCUUUCUCUACAAUUGUUUCAGUUUUUAUACUUCAAAGAGAAAGAUGAGUAGGCCAGGAGACUGGAACUGCAGGUCAUGCCAACACUUGAACUUCCAAAGACGUGACUCAUGCCAACGCUGCGGGGACUCGAGAUCAGGAGGUGGUGACUUUGGAGGGUUCGGUGGGAGAUCAGUUGGGUCAUCGUUCGGGUUCAGUACCGGGUCGGACGUUCGCCCCGGUGACUGGUACUGCACCGCUGGAAACUGUGGGGCCCACAACUUUGCUAGCCGCUCUAGUUGCUUCAAAUGUGGUGUGUACAAGGAUGAUUCUGCUGCUGCCACUGGCUUCGACUCUGACAUUCCUCGCUCUAGAGGUUUUGGGGGCGGCAGCAAUCGUUCUGGAUGGAAAUCCGGUGACUGGAUUUGCACCAGGUGGGGAUGCAACGAACAUAAUUUUGCUAGCAGAAUGGAGUGUUUCAAAUGCAAUGCCCCUAGAGAGCUUAGCAACAGAACUACAUACUAGACAGUGCCUUUCUCCAUUUCUGGGUAUUGCAGCAACCAAGAGAGACAAUAUCAAAUAUUAAUAUAUUACUACUUCUUCUUUUUUCUUUAUCCCUUUUCCUUUUAUUAUUUCUUUUGGGUGUUAGGGUUUCUUGAGGUGUAAAAACAUGGUAUAAAAUCCAUGUUCAAUUUAAGCUUAUAUGGAACCCUCUUUGGCAUUUUGUUGAGGCUUACCCUAUAUAAUUAAGAAGUAUAUCAUUGUGCUACUGUGGUGCUUAAUUUUGAUGUACUAUCUCCUUUUGUAGCCAAAGUGGGCAAAAAAAAAAAAAGAUCUACUACCCAUUUCCUCUUUAUUUAUUGUAUGGUGCAUCAUGGUUUUCUUAAAAGAAGAUGAUUCUUCUCUUCUUUUCAUUGUUUGAAAUGAUUGUUAUAAACUUCAUAAA